GGCCUACAAGUGUCUUGUAAUCGCAUCAUGGGGAUACAAUCAUUUUCAGUUAAUGUUUUAUUCAAUGUUAUUAUUUUUACCUAUUACAUCAAUUUAAUUUUACAAUACUUCAUAUUAUUUAAUACUAAAUUUGAGGAUCAAAGCUUAUUCAAUGCAAAUUUUAAACAUAACUAUAAUUUUAAUGGUUCAUUGUAUAAAUGUUUAAAUGACUUAAAAAUGGACAAAGAUGAACAAUUAUUAAAAGCUGCCUUAGAGAAGCAAUUGAUCUGUCAGCAUUACUCUGGUUGUUCUGGUGCUUUAAGAAAGGAAACUAUAUUUGACAAAAAGAGUACACAUUUAUAUUUACCCUAUUUUCCUUAUUUACACCCAAACCAAAUGACUUGGACAGUUUAUCCUGUUUUUUAUCCGAAUCGUCUCGCAACAUACCGUCUGGCAACAUACCGUCUGGCAACAUACCAUUCUCUGUUGGAUUCUGUGUAUUUCUCAACGUUGUCACUGCACGGCUUUGGCUACUCUGGGCACGAUCGUGUCACGUGUAGCGGCUGCAACAGCUCAGUUGAGUUGUCAGAUUUUAACUCCAAGCCUUCCAACGCAAGAUACCAUAGAAACAGCGGCUGCAUCUUCAUCGAACAAGAAGAUAACGACAACAAUUCCUAUAGAUACUCACAGGCCUCAAUCGAAGACGAUGUCUCAACGUAUGAUCAACAGAGACCUGGGAUAUAUGAAGUCACGCCUGUUUCCGUCAACUCCGAAGAAAAUGCUAGCAAUUCGUUUAAAAAGGAAGUAACAGCUAGACAUGCUGAUUCAGAAGGAAGACAUCAUGGAACACAUUCAAGUGAGCAAGUAGCAGCAUCAAAUCAUAUUCACUUAGCAUCAGAUACUGAAGCACGAGCAGCAACAUUGAAUACAUUACCAGAACAUUGGCACACUCAUGGCAUGGUAGGAGCGACUUCUUCAAAUAACUGUUUAACAUUGCGUGAAUGUGAGGGCUAUGAUGUUGCAGACUCCUCACAAAACGAAGGUAAUGUCACCAGAAGAGGCACAUACUAUGAAAGUUCUGAUCCUCAAUGUUUAAACAAUAUUAAUCAGAGGAGAAAUUUAAAUCUCAGAGCCAACAGAGUGGUCAACUAUAGUAACGAGGUUACAACGAACUUAGAACACCAAAUGGACAUUUUAGCUGAAAGGAAUAACUAUAGACUUUACAAUUAUAGUUUAGCAUCAGAACGUGAAAGAAGCUUUACAGACUUGGGCAUCACCCGUGUGAGACGAUUGGCGCCAGAAUGGGCUGAAAAGGGACUGUUUUGUGCAGGCAAGAAGGAGAGGACAGUUCACUGCUAUUAUUGUAGAUGGUCAAGGUGCUGGGAUAAUUGUAAUUCUGAGGUGAUGCAACGCUUGACAGACCACUCCUGUCAUUGUGAUGUGCCGGCUCUUUCAACAACAAAAAAGCAUAAAGAUGUUAUUAAACAUAAAAAGACAUAAUUUAUUUAAUUUUUGAAACAAA